GUCCCUCGCCCCGUGGAGCGUGCAGCAGCAGCGCGGUGCUGGUCCGCCCCGCGCCUCAGCUGCGCGUGCUGGUGCCGAGACGACUGUCAAACGAGUACCGAACAGUUCCGUGUGUGUGUGCGUGUGUGUGUGUGUGCAGUACCUGUGGAUGUGAAAGUGCAGUGCCAAAUUUCAGCAAUCAUUCAGCGAGCUUUACCUCCCUCCCGCCAUCGUAAGGAACUUUACACUCGACGCGACGCCAGGACCGUCCGCUCCACUGCGCACGUGCGAGUGCGAGAAGGAAUGAGACGAUCGCCGUAGACACCGCUGGACGCCAUGCUCCCUCCCGGGGGCGACGUGGAGUGCGGCGGCGAGGGCGAGGCCGCCGCCGACGACGCGGUCGUGGUGACGGUGCGCGCCGCCCCGCAGCACCCCGCGAUGUCGAGGGCGGAGCGGUCGGCGCGCGCGCUCUCGCUGCCCGUCCUGCUCAACCCCCACAAGGCCCUCGCGCUCGCGGGCGCCCUGGGCUCGUCGGGGACCCUCCCGCUCGGCUGCCACGCUAACUACUCCGCCGUCCUGGACAGGCACGACCGGGCCAACAGUAUGCUGUGCAUUCAAGAAGAUCACGGUCAGCUGGCUAUCCAACCCACAACCAAGCUACCAAUAGAUUUGGAAAGGGGCACUGAUCCAAGUUAUCUGUAUGGUUAUUAUGAGCGAGAAAACGUUGCUGUGGUUAAUGGCGCUAUGAAGGAGCAGCAAGGCAACAGCAGUCCUGAGGACCCAAUUCCUCACUGCGCACCAAUGAUGGGUCCUGUUCGUGGUGGAUGGAUGGAUGGCAUUCUGGGCUGUCUGCGGCCAGUGUGGACUAUGAUUGGAAAAGCCUCAAACAAUGAGAUGAAAGCCAAUCAAGUUGAUGAAUGGGAAAUCUCAUUUGAGGAUAUAAGUGACCUGCAGUUCUUAGGGUCUGGUGCCCAGGGAGCUGUAUUCAGAGGGAAACUGAAGAAUGAAAUUAUAGCAGUAAAGAAAGUCAGGGAACAGAAAGAAACUGACAUCCGUCAUCUAAGAAAGCUUAACCACCGAAACAUUGUUCAGUUUAGGGGUGUCUGCACUCAAGCACCUUGCUAUUGCAUCAUAAUGGAGUUCUGCCCAUAUGGUCCAUUGUAUGACCUAUUGAAGAAGGGAGAAAGAAUACCUCCAGCUAGACUUGUAAGUUGGUCUAAGCAAAUUGCUUCAGGAAUGCAUUACCUACAUCAACACAAAAUCAUCCACAGAGAUCUAAAAAGUCCAAAUGUUCUAAUUGGCGAACAUGAAGUGGUGAAGAUUAGUGACUUUGGAACUAGUAAGGAAUGGAAUGAGAAGAGUACCAAGAUGAGUUUUGCAGGCACAGUCCAAUGGAUGGCUCCAGAAAUUAUCAGAAAUGAGCCAUGUUCAGAAAAAGUCGACAUUUGGUCAUUUGGUGUUGUUCUGUGGGAAUUACUGACAUGUGAAACUCCCUACCGAGAUGUUGACUCUUCUGCAGUAAUUUGGGGAGUUGGAAGUGCAUCAUUGCAUCUUCCAAUUCCUGCUACUUGUCCAAGUGGAUUCCGUUUACUUGUCAAGCAAUGCUGGGCAGCUAAGCCUCGUAAUAGGCCCUCCUUCAAACAUAUCCUUCUUCACCUAGAAAUCGCCUCUAUUGAAGUUCUUUGCACACCAGCACAAGAUUAUUUCAAUACUCAAGCCACAUGGAAGGAAGAAGUAAGAGAACAUAUGUCUGUUAUGAAAUCGGCCAACAACAAACGUCCAAUCCUAGAAACUGAGCUCAUUGCUAAAAGAGAAGAGGAACUAAGGCAUGCUCAAGACAUUCGCCAGCAUUACGCUCGCAAGCUAGAGAGUGUUAACUCCCUCUGCACACAGCUCAGCUUGUACAUGCAACAGCUAGAACAAAGAGAAAAACAACUUGAAAAGCGUGAAAAAAGUUGUCCUUCCCAUAAAGGUGGUCGCAACAAAAGGAAUGGACGCCCCUUCUUUUGCAAAAGUUCCCAGAGAAGGUUCCCUUCUGAAGAAAAUAGCCCCACAUCUCCAGAGAAUUGUCUUCAAUUUUCACCUGCUGCUCCUCCCUAUAAUUCAUCCUGGGAGGUUCAAGAGGCUGUUGUAAAAGCUCCUACAUGUGUGCAGCUGAACUCUUUAUCCCAACCAGAAUGUUUUAAGGCUGCAACCAAUGGUCUUCCUGUAGGUGCAAAGAGGGAAGCUAGAAUUAGAACAAGAAUGCGGAACUCAUACAGUAGAUCACUUUCAAACCAACAAAGUCCCAUUAAAGAAAGAAAGAACAUUGCAACAACUCCUAAUGGGAAUGUUGAAAUACCAUCAAUCUCUGGCCAGGCUAUGGAAAUUAGUGAAUCAGACAGCAGUCCUGUUUAUUCUCCUCAAGCUCCAAUUCCAAGGGUUUCCUUCCCUGAUUGUACAGUCUCUCCUGUGAGACAGUGCGAUCUCAGAAAAUCCUGUGGAAGCCCAGACUCCAGUACCGAUGCUUUAAACAACAGUUGUGGAGUUGUAAAUCCUCUAUUUGAGCUGGAUAUCAUCAGAUCACCGCUAGAACGUGGCUUAAGAUCUUCACUAAGUGACGAGGAACGUGGGCCAAGGUUGCCGGGUAGGCCAGUGCAAUUAUCCAUUCGAUCACACUCUCAAAGAAGCAGAAGAAUGAAUGAUGAUAAGAUUGGUGGCAGUUCGGAGGAAAGCCUCAAUGGAAAUUCAUGCUACAGUUGUCACAGUACAGAACAAGCAUUAGAUGAUGAGCUUGAAGUUAAUUGCAAUGAGCGGUUGACAGUUAAAGAUUGUAGUGAUGAUGACCAAAUUGAGUCACUCAGGAGGCGCGUGAGUGAAACUCUGAAUGGGAACAGAGUUUCAACAUGUUUAUCAGAAAAUGGAAAUACUGAGGCUGACUCUGGACGCAGUACAAUACACCUAGGUUGUGCUUCUGGAUCAGGACAUUCCUCCAGGCGAUCUACAUGUACCGGCCUUCCUCUGAGCUCUGGUUUGGAAGAAAGCUUCACUGAUGAUGAGCAGGAUGGAGAAAGUGAUACACAAACAUUUUCUCUCAGAAGAAGAAGUGUGGCACGGAGACCUAUUCCCCCUGGAUGUCGAAGACAAAGAGCGAAACCAUUUAUCAUGCAAUUGAAUCAUUUAUCGGAUGAAGGUAAUACAUCUGACCGUAGCAACCUACCAUCCAGUAGAGGAUCUACCUUAGAGAGCAACCCUGAUCGUUGUCCAAGAUUGCCAAUGAGGUCGCGAAAUAAUCUAGGUGCUAGAACAGGAUCAGAUGGAAGUUCAAGGUCCACUUCAGGGUCUGAAAGUGAAGAAGAUACAGAAGAAAUGAGUGUACACACUGUAGAUACCCAAAUUCACAACUCAGUGUCCUCAAACCCAAUUGUGUAGAUCUCAAGAUAAGCUCACAUGUUAGCCAGUAUUGUGUUCUUACAAUAUGAUAUGAUAAGUGUUGGUCACAGUCAUACCCCUCCAUGUAGUUUAAUAAGUAAACUAGAGUAAGAUUACUACUAGGUAUAGAAUAAGGUUCUAGUAGAGCUACAAAUUUUUAGAUAGAGAUGAUCACUAUUUUGAACUGCACAUUGUAGUGUGCAUCCUAGAGACGUUGCAUACUUUUGAAAUGACAUUCAUUAUUGUUUAUGCUAAUGGAGAGCAUGUUUGUUAAAUUUUGUUACAAUUUAAAACAUUUUGAACCUGUUGCAAAAAUAUUAGAUUUGUUAAAAGAAAAAGAAGGGGAUGUGCCCUUUACUCCUCUUUUGCACUUGGUCAUUCCUAUGCUGUAAAGUCAAAGUGCAGAGUUGUUAUUUUUUUUUUUACACAUUUUUUAAAAUUUUUAUUUGUUGUUUGUUAAAUUUAUAAUAAAAAUAUGAAAUUUACUAGGCAUGCAAAUGAAAUUCCCAAUAUUUUCAGCAUGGAAUGUUUUUAAAACUUGGACUUUCACAUCCUAUCAUGUGCCAUUGUGAUGACUGAACUAUAGUUUGUCUUGGUGAAGUAUAGCUAUGAUUCUGGCUUUGUGAAUGUACACUAGGUCAUUAUCUACUUGAUAUUAUGUUCUGAUGAAUACUGACAUAUAGCUCCAUUAUUUGUCACAACUCAAGGAUUACUUAGUCUCAAAGUAUCAGUAUGUGAUAUAUUUUACUGUUUUGAAUUUAAGUUUAAUAGGAUCCCUAAACUUGAAAUGACAAGUUUUGUUUGUUUUGCUUCUUCCUUAUCCAUUUGUGGUGUGGUGUUGCAUAACAAGUGCUGCGUAUGUAGACAUCACAUUUCUUUUAAUUUAUUGUGUUAAAGAUAAUCAAACAUCAUGUUGUGCCUUUUUAAAUGUAUUAUCUACAAUCUGAUUAGAAAAUUAGAAAACUUUUGUUUGAUUGUUCUGUUUUAUGUUCAUGGUAUCCAGCUUUGAUAUUAUACUUAUUAUUACUUCAUAUUGGACUAGAAUUUCUUCAUUGGUAUUAGUUCUUGUGACCCAUUCAUAUGCAGGAUUUGUUAUGAAACUCUGGUCUCUUUUGUGUUUUCUAUUUAUUCAAAUAAAAUUACCUGUAAUUUUUACCGUUGUAAGGGCUGAAAUAUUUGUAACAGCAAUGCAAUGGAUGAAUUUUCUAAGUGAUAAAAAAAAUCAGCUUAUAGUAGUUAACUUGUGCGAGCACACUACCAGAUCAACUAGUGUACUGCACUUGAACUACAAAUCAAUACUAGUGAAAGGAGGCUGUACUUCUGUAUUAUUGUAAGAAGGACUUCAACCUUUUCUGGUUUAAAUAUUUGCUCUUGCUGACGGUAGUAGUAAAACUUCUGCUCUGUUUUCAGUUCAGUGUUGUCAGAAUUGCUUCAAAGCCCUCAAUAACAAAUAAAACUUGUGGAUUGACAA